UUCACAAAGUCCAUGCUCCAUAGACCAUACCAAACAAACUACAAACUUACUUAAAGUUUCUUGAUAUUUAUUCAAAAAAGAAGGGAACUGAAAAUAUAAAUACUUAUUUAAGUUAACAGGUCCCUGAAAAACAAUGGCCGAAAGUGCAACGCACUUGACAUCUGCUGUAUUCACUUCAAAACCGUCUAUUUUUGAGGUUCUUGCUCAGGACAGUCUUAUGAGCACAAUAAGACCUGCUCUUAAACAUGCUGUAAAGGUUUUAGCAGAAACAAAGCCAGCUAAAUUUGCAUGGAUGCUGAGAUUUUAUGAUGAAAUAUACACAAUCCUUGAUCUAAUUCUACAGAAUUAUUAUUUACGUUCACAUAGUGGUUCUUUUGCUGAAAACUUUUAUGGUAUUAAAAGAGUUGCUUGUCAGAAGGAUCAAAAACAGGAAGAUACAAAACUUCCAAGAAGUUGUCUGCUUAAAUCUAUCUUGUGUUUGGUCAUUUUGCCAUAUAUAAAACAUAAGUUUGACUUCAUGUUUGAAGAACUUAGACACAAAAUAAACACAGGAAGACUCAGUCAGAACACAUUGUUAUGUAAAUUGUACAAAGCCUUUGUAAAAGUGUAUCCCUAUAUCCAUAUGGUAUGGGAAGGCAGUAUACUGGUACAUUUAAUAUCCUACAUGUUUGGUAAAUCAAAAUGGCACUCUCCAUUUGUAAGACUUUCUGGUGUAGAAUUAGUUCACCAAACAGAGGAAGAUUUACAGUCAACACAUGUUAAUAGCCCAGAAGUGUGGCAAGAUUUGAGCUUGAAUAAUAAAUUACUGUUUGCAUGUAAGAGAGCAGUAAAUCUAACAGCCGUGACCUUGUCAACAGGUCUCUCAGUGGGUGUGUUCUUCCUUCAGUUUCUUGAUUGGUGGUAUACUAGUGAUAACAAUGCUCCAUCAUUACUGGCAAUGCCUACUCCAGACCCUCCUAAGUCAGCUGUUGAUGAAACACUACCACCUAAUGAUAUAUGUCCUGUAUGUCUAAAGAAGAGAACUAAUGAUACAGCUUUAUCUGUAUCAGGGUUUGUGUUCUGUUAUCCUUGUAUUUAUGAGCAUAUACAACAAUAUGGUAGUUGUCCAGUAACCAGUUAUCCUGCCAGGAAGGAACAUUUAAUAAAACUCUAUCCACCAGGGGCAUAGUAGCUGACUAUGCAUCUCAUUUGUGACAGUACAUUGAAGUGCUCUUUAUACAGAUUUCUUGUCAACUAGAAGAUGUUUAAGGACAUGACAGUACACAUAUCUACAUAGGCCGAACAUUUUUGUAAUGUCACCUGUGAAUAUAAAUAGCAUCUGCUGGUAGAUGAAACAAGAUUGUUAUACACGUAUAAGGUAGAAUGCAUAGUGUAUUUGAUAUCUGCUUGGCAACAGUUAUACCUGUAUUUACGACAUUGCUGCAAGAAACAACGAAGAUUAGAAAUCCAAAUACCAAAGUAGUCUAGACAUUCUGAUUAAGAAUGAAACCACCAUUGUUUUUCCGUAUUGUGCCAAAUGAAUUUAA